AUGGCGACGGUCAAGGCUGAAAUUGAAUCAACACCUCAAGCAGUAUUCCGCCCUGUAAAGAAAAGGAAGAUCCUUCGCCAGCGAGCAGAGGAGCCAGAGAGCGCCGGCAGCAGUUGCGAGACUCCGACCGAGGCCGCCCCCAUCGCAUCGCGCACCGAACCUGCCAUCCCCGCCGAACGAGCCGAAGAUGAAGAAGUGCUCUCGGUCGCCGAGGUUCUACGGCUACGAAACGCCCGAAAACACAAGCAUGGUGGUGUGGGAUUCCGGGCAGCGUCUUCGGGUCUUGAUGACGACAGGGAAACAAGCGAGGAGAACACGGAACAGAGCCUCGUCUUUCACGGCAGCGCCGACGCUCAGCAAGGCCCCGAGACAGCCUUGAUUGGCGGCAUCUCGAAACGCUUUGCGCCACAAACUGGGCUCGUCGGUGAGCUGGUCAACAAGCACAUGGAGGAAUACGUAGAAUCCGAGUUGGCUAGACGAAAGCGGCGCGCCGCAGAAGCCGCUGCGGCGCUAGAACAGCAACAGCUGGAGCAGCAGAGGCGCGAGGAGAGCAGUGUAUCGACAGGCGACGGCCAGUUGGGCCCGAACCUCGGCGCCUCUGGCGGGCUGGCCGAUUCCCAGCGCGUCCUCCACGGCCGACUCCUCGAAAUUGACCUCGGCGACGAGGCUCGCGCGCGAAACAUCGAGAUGACGGAGCGCGCCAGAAGGCGAUUGCAAGGCCAGAUCGACGAGGAGGAGGCCGAGGAGGGGAAGGGACGGCCAAGGAAAGUUCGGCUUGGGCGGGACGGCAAACCCCUCAGACCAAGAAACCGCCGCAAUAGCGACGAUAUCAAGCGAGACCAGCUUGUCGAGGCCUUCUUGAGCGAGAAUAGACUCGACAUAUACGACACACAGUCAGGUCAGGCGGCCAACCCGGCAGCAAUCGAGGCAGAAGAGGGUGCUGCCGACGAACGGAUCGCUGAGGAGUUCAAGCGCGAGUUUAUGGAUGCCAUGGCGCAGCGGAACCGGCGGAGGAGGCCAGCGCAGCCCGCCAAGCCCGGAGCCAAGAGUCAAGAAGAGAUCCUCCGAGGCCCGAAGCUUGGUGGGAGCCGGAAUGCGAGAGCAGCCAUGCGGGAUCUGCUGCUCAAGGAGCAGGCGAGCAAGCAGAAGCGAUGA